CGACGAUACUGACCGCGAUGGCGGACUUUUUCAGAGUCUGAGUAAAUGCCUCAUCCGCUUAUUACCGCGGGAUAAUUGCUUGGAUCGUGCGGUUCCGAAUGAUUUAAAUCUCGCAUCCUGACUGGAUCUCAGAUCACGUACAUCGACUCAGAUAUAUCAAGCAAAUACCUCCCCGGGGUAUGCUUCUUGAGCAACCCGCAAGAGCCCGCAGUUCCUUGACGAGGAAAUUUACGAUUCAAGAUGACGGCCCCCGUCCACACACGAGAGUUCGAGGAUGCCAUCAAGAUUACAUCCCUGUCCUCGCAUACCUACUCUGCGGAUUUGGCAUCGCAGUGGUCCGUUGGGAGCGAUUAUAUACCAUUAAAAAAGGAGAGAGAUAAAAAGACAAAAUUAUUAGUCUGCGGCUAAACAGAAAUUUUUGGCAGCUCCUAAUGGAGGGUAUAUAACUGCAAUCUUCUACCGGCUUGCAACAACCCAUUUCCAAAACACACACCCAACCCAACACUCCUCCCAACCAAUGCCAAUCAGUAUGCAAUUGACUUUCAUCCGGCGCUCAUCGAUAGGGUCUGCUUUGUUGACGGUCCGCGAUGUGAAAUUGGGGUUAAGGACGUCGACGAUUCAAGUUACAUUGAGUCAGCUAGACUCGUCAACCUUGCCGGUAAAACAGAUUGACAGGGUUACCGGAUACAUCACGAUCUCGGAUCCAAUAUCAGAAGUUGGGGUAUCCACACCUUGCAGCUGGAAACUUUAUCCCCCGCCCCCAGACUCCAAGCCGCCGCAACUUUCUAAUGGGCGGCCAGUCCAAAACAGUCCCUGGAAGAAAACGAUCAUGAAAGAGCCAGCUUUUCGACGCGCAUCAAACAACUCGGAGUUCUGGGAACCGGUGGAUCCAUGCCUGAAUGAACGACGAGGGAUUUCUGAUCAAUGGGGCAGGCUGCGGCCUCAGGGACCGAAGGGAGGAUUGGGGAGAUGGACCAACGAAGCCCUUGCAUACUUGGUUGAUAUUUUCCCUGUGGCAUUGGAAAGGAUAGAAAGUGCUACUGUCGACGAAAUGGGAAGCCCACCACCGUUCUGGUUUCCCACCAUUGCGUUGAACGUUGAUUUCAAGAAAUUUCUGCCCAAGGAUGGAGUAGAAUGGCUCUAUAGCCGAAUUAUCACAAAAUCCGUUCGUAAUGGGAGGAUCGACAUUGAGGUGAUAGUGAUGGAUGAGGCUGGAGAUAUAGUGGCUCUUGCGACACAGGUAGGGCUGGUGUUGGGAUCAAAUCGUAACACUGGUGAGAAACGAGAAGAAAACGGCCAGCGAAAGAAUGCACGUCUUUGAUUUAUCGCGAGCACCCGGCUUAGAUUGGGAUUUCGCAUAUAGAUAGCAAAUAUAAAAUAACGUGUUCAAUCCAC